AUGUUUUCUACAUUAUUUACAGAAAUAAGAAGUCCCUUAGAUCAAUUUGAAGUAAGAGAUAUAUUAAAUUUGGAAGUUUUAGGAGGUAACUUACAUUUAUCUUUAACAAAUAUAGGAUUUUAUUUAAUAAUUGGGGGUUUAAUAACAUUAAUAUUAAGCUUAGUCGCAACUAACUAUAAUAAAUUAGUAAGUAACAAUUGAUCUAUAGCUCAAGAAUCUCUAUACGUAACAAUACACAAUAUAGUUACAAAUCAAAUAAAUGCUAAAAAUGGACAAAUUUAUUUCCCAUUCAUAUAUACUUUAUUUGUAUUUAUAUUAAUAAAUAAUUUAAUCGGUAUGAUACCAUAUAGUUUUGCAUCUACAGGUCAUUUUGCUUUAACAUUUGCUCUUAGUUUUACAAUAGUAUUAGGGGCAACAAUUUUAGGGUUCCAAAAACAUGGUUUAAAAUUCUUUUCUUUAUUAGUACCGGCAGGUUGUCCUCUAGGUCUUUUACCAUUAUUAGUUACUAUUGAAUUCAUCAGUUAUCUUGCAAGAUGUGUAUCUCUUGGUUUAAGAUUAGGAGCUAAUAUCGUAGCAGGUCAUAUGUUAUUAAGUAUUUUAAGUGGUUUUGUUUACAAUAUAAUGUCUUCAGGUAUAAUUUUUUUUAUUGUGGGUUUAAUUCCGUUACUAUUUAUAGUAGCCUUCUCCGGUUUAGAGAUGAUGAUUGCCUUAAUCCAAGCUCAAGUUUUCGUAGUAUUGACAAGUUCUUAUAUAAAAGAUGGACUAGACUUACAUUAA